AUGGCACCACAGGGCCGAACCAACCUAAUGAAUCUACCAGAAGAACUUCUAUCUCAGAUCGCAGGUCAAGUUCUGUACGACGGAUUUAACCACAAGACGAGACUUGGCCAAGAGCCUAAUUACCGAGAACUCUUCCGGGACCUUCGCUUGGUAAACAGACAUAUGAGAGUGACUACUGACUACGAGCUCAAGGAGCGUGUGCCGUGGUGCUUAAUCGAAAUCAAACACCCUCGAUCCAGCUCUCGGCACGCAAAUAUGUGGAGAACCACCUAUACACAGAAUCAGUAUCUGAUGCUGUUACAGACUGACCAAGAACCACCUUAUCCUCCAUGUAUCCACGUCAAAUUAGAGUACACGUCAGCGUUGAAUGACAAGCAAGAGACUGUCAGUCGCAGAUAUCUGGUGUGUCUCACCUCACUUAGCAUUCUCGCUUUUUGGAUCGACGUCAAAGCUACUUUCGUCGACAAGAUGCAUCUUACGCUUGUCCACAAGCCUGCUGCGCGAUCCACGCAAGAGGAGUUCGUCAGGUUAGGAUGUCUGCUGGGCCGGGAUCUUCCAAAUUUCACAAGCUGCCCACCACUGAUAGGACCCGGAAGCCUUACCUCAAGUCUGCAGAGACCAAUCUACGACAAUCCUGGCGACACAAUGAUGCGGUCGCUCUACCUCCGCCCUAUCUUGGAAUACUUCAGCCAAGCUAAAAAGCGUGGUAAUUAUCACGAGAUGCUUGCCUGUCUAUCAAACACUGCCGCCUGGGAUACCAUUAUGGCUACCGACGAUCGUUGGGGUGGCUACGAUGUCCCCACGCAGAUACUACAAAGCUAUCUGCACACCCAGAUGAUACAAGCCCAGACAGCACUUGCCAUGGGAUCCAAGGGGGCCAAUAAAGUCAUGGUCGUGAAAUUACUUUUAAUGAGCCUCAAUCUUCGUGAUCGAGAUCUCGGUCGCGAGAUGGAAAAUUUGCCAACCAAAGCGCAGUUUUUACGAUACAUUGUCAAGGCCGAGGCAUACAUAGUCGCGGCACAUGGUCACGAAGACCUGCCACCGUCCAAAGAACUGCUCGAACGUGCAGAAGAAGCGCUGUUCUUCGCCGUGUGGUUGAAAGCCAUACCACAAAGUCUCAAACUCCUCACUUUCGUCCAGGGUCUUCUCUCACGCGACAACGAGGAGCAAAAGCACAAGAUGGACGUCUGGCUUCUGAGUCGAGACGGUGGUGUAAGCGCAAUUAAAAAUAUUCAUGGUCGAGCCUUGUGCUCCGCGCUAACGCGCAAUUACCCGUUGUGUCCUGAAGCGACGGAGCUUUGCACAGCUGAUUUUCUUGAGGAGCUACUGUCUCCAGGAAACGAUGUCGUGACUGGCACUGGGUAUUGCUUUGCCGAGAUCGUGCCAGAAGAAGCUGAUGUGUUGCUCGACCGUUACGAGCCUAUGAGCCAUUACUUCAGGGCACCGUAG